UAAUAAAUAUAAUAAAUGUUGUAAAAUAAUUUGAAGACUAACAUAACCUAACAUUUGGAGAUUCAAAGCUUUUGUAGUAAACAGAAAAUAAUGGAUGAAAACAAAGUGAAAGUUGCUCAAGAUUCGUUGCAGAAAGUGCACGAGUACAGAUUCAGCGGAAACAAUGGAAGGGCCUUCGCGCAUUUCCUCCUCUUCUUGGAACUGCUUCCUGCAGAGAGACAAAAACAUGAGCAGCACUUCUCCGAUACUGCAACAGAAUGGUGCACCGAACUGGAGUUGAAGGGACAAUUCGAGAACGUCUGCAAGUGCUACUCGCAGGCCAUCAACUACUUUCCCAAAAACGUUGAAAUCUUAAACAGCUUUGGGUCGUUCCUGCUUAGAUGCAAUGCCCCUUUGGAAUCUAAAGUUUACCUGAACGCUGCACACAGGAUAGAUGCUGAAAAUUUGGUCGUAUUGAGUAAUUUGAACACUGCCAAUUUGCAGCUGGUCGAGAGGUGGCAUUUUAGAAUGUUGAAUGAUGUCAGAAGGAAUUCAUUGUAUAAUGAAGCAAUCCAGAAGAGUAUAGAUGGAAGAUACAAUAAGGUCCUGGAUAUUGGGACUGGCUGUGGAUUCUUGAGCUUGUGCGCUUCCAAGAACGCGAAUACCAGCAGGAUUAUUGCUGUAGAAGAGUCUGAAGCUUUGAGUGCUAUGGCUGAAGAGGUUUUCCAGAGGAAUAACGUGGAAAAUAUUAAAGUUUUAAAUGGAAAUUCUACUCAAAUUAACGAUAUUAGUCUUUCCAAUGUUCUAAUCACUGAAAUCUUCGAUAGCGCUUUGUUCGGCGAACAUUGCUUGGAGACUUUGAUACACGCGCACGAAAAGUUAUUGGAAAAGGAUUGCAGGAUCAUUCCUGCUUCUGCCAAGAUCUAUAUUACCGGCAUAGAAAGCAAAAAUUUGGCGAAGAAGCAUAAGGUUAUUUCUAGUCACGAACACUUUGGUGAGCUCUGCAUUGUGGAAUGCAAAGACGAACCGUACGAAGCUGAACACGUUUCCAAGUACGACCAUAAAUUGCUGACUGAAACUGUCCAGUUGUUGAACGUGGAUUUCAGCAAUUUGGAGCAGUUGAAGAGCUUGUACAAUGACCCAAAGUCUAUCCCUGAUACCGAAUUGAAGAUCGUGGAGAGUGGAACUUUGCACGCGUUCGCCAUCUGGUUCACUUUGGAGCUGAGCGACGGUCUUUCCAUCACGACGAAUCCGUAUUCAGAUAACUGCGAUUGCUGGGAACAAGCGAUCGUAUUCUUAGAUCAUUUCCAAACAAAAUGCAAAGGCGAAUCGCUCGUAAUAUCCGCGUCUUGUGCGCAAAACAAAUUGCAAAUCACGUACACCAACGGAGAUGAAUCCUCGUGCGAUUGUUACCAAGUCCAGAAGGACGUUGUUAACUUCCUGAACGAUUCGAAACUAAUACAAACACUCAACGAUGCUAGUCGAAGUAUCCAGAAGACUGACGAAUUGCAUGUCCUCGAUUUGUAUCCGUUCCCAAUAAUCGGUCUCAACUUAAUGGCCCAAUCAAACGCGACCGUUGUAACGAUUACGGAGAAUGCCGAUCUCUUGCGAAAGAUGUGCGAUUUGAACGGGGUGGAUUUUGGCAGAUUUAAAAUGAUCUCAGAAAGUGAUCUAAGCAACGAAUGUUCGCAGAAAUACGACGUUGUCGCCUUCGAUCCCAUCAGCAGAAAUGGUACGAUAUGCGAAUCGUUCUUCGCCAAUUACACGCAGUAUUCUAACGCGUUGAAAGACGAUGGGGUUUUUGUGCCGAACGCUUUGCGUCUGAAAUUUGCGUUGGUGGAAAGUUGUUAUUUGGUGAACUGCAACGCCGUUUCGGAUGCGAACGUGAUGGGAUUCAAAAUCGCCGAUUGCAUAAAUCAAUUUAAAGCUAGCGAACUGUGGAUUAUGCAGCACGGCAAUUUUCCGCACAAGAAACUGACUGCAAUCUGCGACGAUUACAAAGUGCAAUUCGAGGAUGCGUUCAACGUGCGAGAAUGUCGCAUAGAAAGUGUUAAAGGUAGAGCGGACGGAAUCCUCUACUGGUUCGACAUCCAUUACCCAGGAAACGUCUCCAUGGACACGUAUAACUCCAAUUACUAUAACAAAGUCGUUUCCGUUGUCAAGGAAACUGUUAACAUGGAAACUCCUAAAGUGCAAAUCAAGCAACACAAGGGAUUGUUAAGUAUUUUAUUGAAAUAAAAACUGUAUAUAUUAAA